GAAGAAGAAGAAGAAGAAGAAGAAGAAGAAGAUCAAAGGUCGCCUGCACACAGAUCUGCCUCCAGAGCCUCAGCAGGUUGUGCUUUCUAUUAGGUCCUCGUCCCUGAAUGUGUCUCUAGUUGGAGUCCGGGUGCAGUUAUCAGUGAGGUCGCUGGGUCUCUCAGGUGGGUCAUGGCUCCUGCAGUGAGCUCCUCGGUGUGGUCACCUGUCAGACUGUGUUUGUGUUGGAGGAGCAGCAGGAUGCUCCCUGUGCACGGGGUGGGUCGGAGGAGUUUGUGUCCAGCUUCAGGUGCUGCAGCUCUGUGCAGACAGAAGCACCGUCCCUGCCGCGCUGGGUCCCGGGGUUUUUUCUCUCGGGGUGGCGGUUCAGACGGGGAGCAGCAGACCCUGCAGGACGUCGCUCAGAGCCUCAGAGAGCGCCACGUCAAGAGGGUGGUGGUGAUGGCCGGAGCCGGGAUCAGCACGCCCAGCGGCAUCCCAGACUUCAGGUCUCCAGGCAGCGGUCUCUAUGACAACCUGCAGCAGUACGAGCUGCCGUACGCAGAGGCCAUCUUCGAGAUCGACUUCUUCCAUCAGAACCCCGACCCGUUCUUCGCCCUUGCCAAAGAGCUGUACCCCGGGAACUACCGGCCCAACCUGACCCAUUACUUUGUGCGUCUGCUUCACGAGAAGGGUCAGCUGCUCCGGAUGUACACGCAGAACAUCGACGGCCUGGAGCGGCUGGCGGGGAUUCCUCCUGAGAUGUUGGUGGAGGCUCACGGGACGUUUGCCACGGCGACCUGCACCGUCUGCAGGAGGAAGUACGAGGGGGAGGAGCUACGACCUGACGUGAUGAGCGGGGCGGUCCCGCGGUGCUCCACCUGUACAGGUGUGGUGAAGCCUGACAUCGUGUUCUUCGGGGAGGAGCUUCCUCGCCACUUCCUUAGGUACCUGACAGACUUCCCUGUGGCGGACCUGCUGGUGGUCAUGGGGACGUCUCUGGAGGUGGAGCCGUUCGCCAGCCUGGCAGGAGCCGUGAGGAGCUCCGUCCCUCGCCUGCUCAUAAACCGGGAUCUGGUGGGUCCGUUUGCCUGGCGCCGGCGGCCUCAGGACAUCGUUCAGCUGGGUGACGUCGUCGGUGGCGUCCAAGCUCUAGUCGACGCCCUAGGCUGGAGUCAGGAGCUCGACGCUCUGAUGGCGGCCGGAGGUCAGACGGCCGCCACCAAACCGGAGGAGUGACUGAGUCACUGCAGCAACCUCAGGUGUGACCUCAUCGUCUGCACGCCGCAGACCGUCUGCACGCCGCAGACCGUCUGCACGCCGCAGACCGUCUGCACGCCGCAGACCGUCUGCACGCCGCAGACCGUCUGCACGCCGCAGACCGUCUGCACGCCGCAGACCGUCUGCACGCCGCAGACCGUCUGCACGCCGCAGACCGUCUGCACGCCGCAGACCGUCUGCACGCCGCAGACCGUCUGCACGCCGCAGACCGUCUGAUGAGCCCACAGACUGGAUCAUGAGGAUCUGUAGUUUAACAAACAUGAUCCUCAGACUAACGUGGUUCUAACUCAGCAGAGAGGAAGCCUCGCCUGGUGCUCGGUGACUCAGCAGCUCUGAGUUUAUAUUUGUUGUGUUUUAUUUCAGGAUCAGCUGAUCGUCAUGUUUCUUCAGCAGCUUUGGUUUCAUGGGAAACUUUACAGAUAUGAAUAAAAAGAUAUUUAUCUCUAA